ACGCAUUUCACACCCCGAAUCUGUAAGCAAUCCCCCCACGAUUAGAAUAAUGCUUAUCAGCAUUGCUGGAUAAGAUGUCGAUCUUUCUGUUUAAUGGCCUUGUCUCCACUUACAUAGCUCAUGAAUAUGCCAAAUGACUCACCUUAAUCAAUCUUUUAGUAGCCUGCCAACUCUCUCGUCCCUCUUUCUCUUAGUUGAUGCCGAAGGACGAUGAGUCCAAAGGGAGUUUCUUGUUUCUGAUCGUGACGGGUCUUGGGAUCUUGAUUGGAUAUAAAAAGUUGACGUCUUUGGGUUCAACUUCAGCUCAAGCCGCUGAGGUCUCAAAAGGGUUGUCGUUUAUGGAGCUGAAACUGUUUGAUUCGUGGCCUGCUGCAUUAGCCCACAAGGGAAGAUUAUACUCGACCUCGGUCAGGAGUUGUAGGGAUACUGUGAGUGUCAGGGUCUCUCGCCUGUUUUGUUCUUGCAGAGAUUCUUCGGUUAGAGCUGCUUUAUCAAGUGCAUCAAACAAUGCUCAUACUUCUUCAAAUGGGGCAUUGAGUUCAUCUGGCCAAGGGGUGACAGAAUCUUGUUUGUAUCAUACUAGCGGGACGAAUGGCAUAAACUCAAAUGCUUGUUCAAGAGAUCUGAGAGUGUUUGAUGGCUACGACGAUGAAUAUGGAGGAUUUGUGGUUGAUCCGGACAAACUGCCUGCCAAUCAAAGUGCCUUUGCUUUGAUGCUUCGGUCCUCUCUUUCACAUUGGAAAAUGAAGGGAAAGAAGGGAAUAUGGCUCAAGUUGCCUCUGCAGUUGUCCGAGCUUGUUCCAGUUGCUGUGAAGGAAGGAUUCAGAUAUCACCAUGCAGAAAUAAAUUUUGUGAUGUUGACAUAUUGGUUACCGGAAGGACCAUGCAUGCUUCCUGGUAACGCUUCUCAUCAAGUUGGUGUUGGAGGCCUCGUCAUCAAUGACAAGGGCGAGGUUCUGGUAGUGCAAGAGAGAUACUGUUCUCCAGCAUGUGUUGGUCUCUGGAAAUUACCAACUGGAUUCAUUGCUGAGUCAGAGGAGAUAUUUGAAGGAGUCGUUAGAGAAGUCAAGGAAGAAACCGGUAUAGAUGCUGAGUUUAUAGAAAUAAUCGGGUUCAGGCAUGCGCACAAUGUAGCUUUCAACAAGUCGGAUUUGUUCUUCAUUUGCAUGUUAAGACCCCUUUCGACUCAAAUAAUGAUCGAUGAUGUCGAAAUUCAAGCAGCCAAGUGGAUGCCCGUGGUCGAAUUUGUCGAGCACCAACUCAUCCAAGGCGAUAAAAUGUUCAAGAAAGUAAUCGAUAUCUGCAUUGCUCGGCUGAGGAAACAGUAUUGUGGAUUGUCUGCUCAUCAAUCAACCUCCAAGUUUGACAGCAAAGAAUCGACCCUCUACUACCAUGUAAUUGACUCCCAAGAUGAUUGUGAAGCCUGCUCAGGCUAGCAGGUCCACCUCUAGGAAGCAGCCGAUGUACCUUGCUCGUUGAUGAUUUUCUGAACAUGUAGCAUUUCUAGCUAUCGAUGUCUUGAAGUAUGAAAUAGUUGCUUUCCCGUUCGAGAUGUUCCAGUUUCCUAAAACACUGGAGCUGAUAAGUCUCAGAGGGAUGUAAUUAACAAGGUAUCCAUGUGAUGUGACUCUUUCUUCU